AUGAUUCAGCGUUCGCGAGCAGUUUUUGAGCCCUUUCCACCGCACCUGGAUAUUCAGGAAGAAGUUCGAGCAUCCCCACGGUUUGAAUUUGCGAAGAGGAUACCUUAUGAUUCCAUCAAUCAGUAUCCCCGAGAGGUGCUUGAGUUAUUUGUCAUCACCCAUGUUGUGAAGCUGGGACUUCCACUCGUGAUCACAGGGUUUGACAAGUGCCUGGACAAGAGUCUUUUCUCGGAGAAAUGGCUACAGCAGCAUUAUGCGAGUCAAACAUACGACGCCAGAGAUUUGGGCAAGCGGGCGAAUCUGCCCUUAACCCUGGGGCAUUACCUCAAAAACAUGUCGAUCCUGACGGACCCUAUCACAUCCUCCACCUACGCCCGUUCCAACAUUCAACGGUUGUACCUGAAGGAUAUUGACUGCCCAGACGAAUGGCACAAAGCUCUGGAAAAGCUCAUUCCUUCCGAUUUCUUCUACCUGAAUCAGUCCCCCCUGAAGGGCCCCAAAUCGCCUAUCUCUCAGUUCCCUGAUCCCCCUCAAACUCCACAAGGGGAGGUAGUGGCUCGAGCAGGUGACUUGAUGGGCUGUCUUCCUGAAGCCAUGAGAGCACAGAAUCUCAUGUGCUACAUCGGGCACGAGGGGACCUACACCCCAGCACAUCAGGAAAUGUGUGCCAGUCUGGGACAUAACCUGAUGGUUGAGGCUUCUGAUGGGUCAUAUGAACAUGGCAAACAAACUCGACCUGGUUCGUCAAUCUGGCUGAUGACUGGGACCCAAGAUCGUCGCAUUGUGUCAGAAUACUGGAUGUCAAUGCUCGGCCAUAAUCUUGACCUUGAGAACCAUUUUGCGCAGUUGAAUGCCUGGAAAUGUGCGCCCUUCACCACCUAUGUGGUUGAGCAAAACCCAGGGGACCUUAUCCUUGUCCCCCCUCUAGCUGCUCACCAAGUCUGGAACCGUGGGACCAGGACAAUGAAGGUGGCUUGGAACAGAACCACCGUCGAGACACUAGAGAUGGCAUUCGACGAGGCGCUGGGUAAUGCUCGCAUGAUCUGUCGUGAUGAGCAAUACAAAAACAAAGCCAUUGUCUAUUACGCUCUUGAACGGUAUUCAGAACUCCUGCGGAAGGCUCCAGCAUCCUCCCACCCAGAGGUCCGAACGCUACAAGAAGAUUUUCACCGGCUGUUCAUUAUCUACACCGACAUCCUGUUAUCCGAAAGCUUCUCAAAGAAAUCCCCCGCGGCGAAAAACAUCGAGUUUGAGAAGUUUGAGAGCAACAUCACAUGCUCUUAUUGUCGGUGUAACAUCUUCAACCGAUUUUUGACCUGUCCUUGGUGCGUGGGAGAGGGCGAUGAUACGUAUGACAUCUGUAUGGACUGUUACGUGUUGGGACGGAGUUGCCAGUGCAUCUCCAAAUUCAAAUGGGUGGAGCAAUUUCCAUGGAAACAACUGACCGGCCGACAUGAGUCCUGGCGGCAGCAGAUUAUUGCCUUUGAGCAAGGCGAUCGAGAUCCCAAGAUCAAACAUCCACCUACUUUGCUGGUUGCCCGAUCUGAGCUGGGCCGAAAGUCUUUGGCGGAGAUCUGUCAGGAGCAGAUGGAUUUACGGCCCUGGGUGGAUUACAAGCAGCCGAAGGAGAUUAAGGCAGCAACACCCAGUGAGGACGAAGGGUCCGAUACCGACUCGCGGGCUCGGAAGAGAAGGAAGUCCAAUGGGACCAAGGCCCCAAGCGGAAAAGGCCGAUGUCAUAUGUGUAAGACUUCCGAAUGCUUAUGGAAGCUAGCUGCAUGUGAAAAAUGCAACCUGUACUACUGCUAUGGCAGCCUGUUCAGGUCAUUCGACAUGCUUCCUCUAGAUGCCAUGCAACGCCCUCACUGGUUGUGCCCAAAAUGCCGCAAGAUCUGCAACUGCUCAAGCUGUCGGUUAGAUGAGAGUAUGAAACCUCAUCAACCCUUCAACAUUCUACUCGGCCACGACACGCGCAAGAUUGCGGACCCACGCAGUGUCGAGUCCUUGGUCAAUAUGCGCUUGUCGAAUUUGGCCUUGCUCAAAACAUUCGGGGACGACAAUGCGGGUCGUUUGGAGCGCUUGCGGCGCGAUGAGGAGAAUCGCCGACAGCAGCAGCUGGCAGAGAAUGACAUUCACGUUGGGUUUGACUCACCACAGGCGGAGUCGGUCAACGACCCACCACUGGCCGUGUUUGAGAAUCAGCUGCCUGGGAUUCCGAUUGACCCCGCCCUGGAGCUCGAUGGUUCCUUUAUGGGCCUGGGUUGA